CGCCGCACGCUGCUCCCUCCGUUCCCCCCUCCCGCGCCGCCGCCGCCUCGCUGCCGGCUGAGCUCCGGAGGCAGGACUUUGUGAAGGUUUAAGCUGAGAAGAUGGUCCUCAAGACAGAGCUUUGCCGUUUUAGUGGUCAGAAGAUUUAUCCAGGGAAGGGCAUUCGGUUUAUUCGUGCUGAUUCACAGGUCUUCCUUUUUGCAAACUCAAAAUGCAAGCGCUACUUCCACAACCGCCUGAAGCCUGCAAAGCUUACCUGGACAGCCAUGUACAGGAAGCAGCACAAGAAGGAUAUCCAUGCUGAAGCUGUCAAGAAGAGGCGUCGCACUACCAAGAAGCCAUACUCUAGGUCAAUUGUUGGUGCUUCAUUGGAAGCCAUCCAAAAGAAGAGAGCUGAAAAGCCUGAAGUUCGUGAUGCUGCUAGGGAAGCUGCUCUUCGUGAGAUCAAGGAGCGCAUCAAGAAGACCAAGGAUGAAAAGAAGGCCAAGAAGGCUGAGGUAGCCAAGUCCCAGAAGUCGCAGUCGAAGGGCGCUGCUCCAAGGGGUUCCAAAGGCCCAAAGAUUGGUGGUGGUGGUGGAAAGCGCUGAACGUUUCAUGCAUCCUAGGAGAGGGUCGUGCGGUUCUCUUAAGUUGUCUAAAAUGGCAUCUCGUCAAAAUCAAAAAGCUACUUUGUAGAACAUCUGUUUAAAUUAGCAUGGCUGCUGAAUGUUUUAUCAUCGCCACAGGAGAAAAUAUCAUGAAGCUGAAUUGCUAUGUGGGGCAUGGUUGUUGUUUUAUGUUGUGUU